CAAGUAUUGUUUCAUAUAAGAACAAUCCUAAUCGCACCUGCUCGUCGAACGAUUGAACCAAGAAAAAUACUUCUCCAUACUGUUCGUGGUAAUCAGCAUCCAUGUCGUCGAGCCCGGAAGGAUACGUUCUGCAACAAGAGCAGCCUCGCCGCAGAUGGGUUUCCAAGCUGGAAUGCGAAGCCGAACCUGGGUUGACCAACAAGCAAUUGUUUCUUACCAACCAUGAUCUUAAGCCCGUCGAACCCGAGCGAAGGGAAUGGCACCACAAGAACUUUGUCUUCUUCUGGAUCGCCGACUCGUUCAAUAUCAAUACUUGGAUGAUUGCCGCCUCGUCGCUGGAAGUCGGACUCUCAUGGUGGCAGGCAUGGCUCUGUGUGUGGAUUGGCUACUCGAUUGCGGCCUUCUUCGUCGUCUUGACCGGCCGAAUCGGCGCGGAGUAUCACAUUAGUUUCCCUAUUGUCAACAGAGCCUCUUUCGGUAUCUGGGGCUCUCUGUGGCCCGUCUUGAACAGAGCGGUCAUGGCUUGCAUUUGGUACGGAGUCCAGGCAUGGAUCGGAGGUGAAUGCGUCUACCUCAUGAUCGCCAGUAUCUGGCCCUCAUUCGGCCAACGACCGACUUUGACCAGAUCCGUCGCCAUGGGAGCCACAGUUAACUACUUGAUCGCCUUUAUCCUCUUCUGGCUCGGCUCUCUGCCGUUUAUCUGGUUCCCAGUGCACAAGAUCCGUCAUCUGUUUACCGUUAAAUCUAUCGUGGCACCAAUAGGCGGCAUCGCGCUGUUCAUCUGGUCGAUUGUCCGAGCAGGAGGCGUAGGCCCCAUCGUGCGUCAGGGGUCGACCGCGUCCGGGUCUGCUCUUGCCUGGGGCAUUAUUGCUGGUAUUAUGAGCGCUGUGAGUAACUUUGCCACGCUCAUCGUCAACGCGCCCGACUUUACUCGUUUCGCUUCGAAACCUUCGGCGGCUUUGUGGCCUCAAGCAAUCACCAUACCCAUGGGAUUCGGGUUGACAUCCUUCAUUGGCAUCAUCGCUGGAUCAGCAUCGGCCGUCAUCUACCCCGAAAAGGGAGCGACUUGGAACCCCUUGGAGCUGCUCCGAGACUUCAUCACCAACGGCGAGCCCGGUGGUGUGGGUAGUUCCGGCGACCGCGCCGGCACGUUCUUCAUCGCCGCCGCCUUUGUCGUCGCACAGCUAGGCACCAACAUCGCCGCAAAUAGUAUCUCCGCAGGCACAGAUCUCACUGCUCUGCUUCCUCGCUUCAUUAACAUCCGGCGUGGUGGCUACAUUUGCGCCGUCAUCGGCAUCGCCAUCUGCCCUUGGCAGUUCCUCACCUCCGCAUCCAACUUCACCACCUACCUAUCCGCCUACUCUGUAUUUUUGUCCUCCAUCGCCGGCCCCAUGGUGAUCGACUACUAUUUCGUGCGCAAGGGCUACCUGGAGAUCCGCGACCUAUACAACGCCGAGCGCGACGGGACUUACUAUGGUGUAUUCGGCUUCCAAUGGCGCGGGUACGUCGCCUACAUCUGCGGCAUUGUCAUCAAUGUGGUCGGCUUCGCAGGCGCGGUCGGCACUGAUGUCCCCAUUGGCGCCACGUACAUCUAUAGGCUGAAUUUCUUCGCCGGGUUCAUUGUUAGCGGCAUCGUGUAUUACUUGUUGUGCAGACUCUUCCCGGUUCCCGGGCUGAGUCCGACAGGGAGCUGGUUUGAGGUCGGUGAUAGGGUGCGAAAUCCAAGCUUGGUUUAUGGUUCUGAGGUGAACGAUGUUGUGUUGCCCCAGACGGAUACUGAGCAAGGUGUGACGUACGGGGAGAAGAAAUGGUGGAAUCUCAAGUCCCAUUUCUGAGCAUGAUUGAACAUGAUCAUGCUCAAGUUGGUCCGUCAUUGGGGAUGUGGUGCAGCGAGUCAAUCACGGAUGUUGGACAAUCGAAACAGAACGGGGAAACAGUCGUGACAAGGAAAGGAGUCAUUGAUAUCGUCGGACCUAUACCCCGAGUAACUGGGAGGCCAGAUAUGGAACGGGGAAGGCGGAAGUGCUAUACUAUAUGCGGGAAUCCAAAAUUUUGGAUUACCGUGCUCGAACCAGCGCCUGACGCGGAUCACACAACGCCUGUCCUGUCCCAGUCUCCCGAGCAGGGAAUCGACCCGUGGCAGGAUUAACUAAGGCGUCAUUGAAUAAUACAGUUAC